CAGAAACCCCAUGGAACAAUCGUUCUGAUAGCAGCUCUCUAUGGCUGGGGCCACUGCUUUUAGUGCUUCUCUUUUCCUUGUUGCCACCCCACGGCACCAGGUCCGAGCAGCCUCAGGGCUUCCAAAGAUCUGCCAAAGUUUUCUUUCGGGAGCCUCACGUGCUUCCUGUUUUUGGUCUCCCAUCAAUCGCCCACAGCUUUUUAAGCCUCAUUUCUUCUUAAGAAAGAGAUGGAGGUCUCCCAUAGAGAGGAGCUCCGCAUUCACCACGACGACUUUAUGGAAAGCGAAAGCAGCAGAUGGCCAGAAAUCAAAAGCACAGGCUGAGAAGGAAAAGCAUCCAACAAAUCCCAAAAACCCUCCCACUAAAAAUCCACAGACAGAACCAAACCCCAUCAUUGCGGGAACCGAAAUUCUCCCCAAAAUCUCCGCCAAAAUUCCCCUCCCCGCUCUCCGCCACGAAAACAUCUACAACCUACCCAACUUCCUAACCUUCUCACGCCUCCUCGCCACCCCUUUAAUCGGCUAUUUCAUCGUACAAGAGCACCACCUCUAUGCCUUCUCCCUCUUCGCCUAUGCGUCCAUCACCGACAUCCUAGACGGCUACUUUGCCCGAAAAUACAACCUCCAAACUGUCGUUGGCUCCGUUGUAGAUCCCAUGGCCGACAAAGCCCUCAUGACGACCCUCGUGACCUGCAUGGCCAUAAAUGGCAGUCUAUCUCUACCCCUUGUCGUGCUGAUUCUAGGUCGCGAUGCCGCACUAGCGAUAGCAGCAAUCUACUACCGCUACUUAAGUCUCCCGGCUCCCAAAACCCUGAAACGAUACUGGGACUUCAGCCUCCCCUCCGCAGAAGUGCACCCCACCGAAAUUUCCAAAUUCAACACAUUCCUCCAGCUCGUGUUACUCGGGGCAGUCAUGUGCGUAGGGCUUUUACGCGACCCUUCCGCUACGAAUUCCGCGGCCGGAGGGGCACUCCUCUCGGUUCAAGAGUGGCUGGGUGGAGAAAAGCGCGUGCAGAUGUGGACGGUGGGGAUGCAAUAUUGUGUGGCAGCAACGACAGUGUUUUCAGGAUUGAGUUAUACGUGGAAGAAGGAUGCAGUGAAGAUUCUGGGUCAUGAUGAGGCCUUGAAGAGGAAGCAGGGGUUUCGGGGGAGGAUGGUGGUGGGGGCUGGGUUUGGGGUUGUUAUUGCGGUUGCAGCAUGGCUGUACUUUCGAGACUGGAAGAGGGAAGAGGACAAGGCCAUUCAGCAAUAA